UUAGUUUUUAAUCUCUCUUUUCUAAACUAAGAUAAAAUGGAAAUGAGAGAAGGAAUGGAAUAAAUGUUGUUGAAGAUCAUAUUGGCACCGCGCAUUUGUAUUAUUCCCAAGAGGAGUAGGAGGGUACAUGUGUGUGCCAGAAAGCAUUUUGGGUAACUUAGUAUUUCCGGAAGUAUGAUAUACCAUAUCUUUCUUGGCUUAAAAUAAAAUUUGCUUGGACAAAUAUCUCUUUUGUUUGUCGGAGAAAGUCCUGCAAUGGAUAGUUUUUCAAAGAAACUUGGGCUGGAGAAGAAAAUGGCUCUUAAACUCAGCGCAAUCACUAAACAUGAAGAAGAUUUCCAUUUUAUGGAUAAGGAAGAACCUGGCAAGGACGCUUCAGAGGACAUGACUCGGGAGUCACUAAUAGCCAUCUCUUACCCUGUGGCCGGGAAGGAUCUUGCCUUGGGACAUUCACCCGAAGAUUCAAACAUUGCAAAUGUGGUUGAAGGUAUAAAUGGUGAUGGCGAUGAGAAGUAUAGGUCUAAGCUGAUCUCAAUAUCCUAUCAACCGUCACCAGACAUCAAAGCCCUACCGGUUCGGCCCGGAGAACUUAAGGGUUAG